GGAAGGUAGACUCAGCUUUGUUUUGUUUUCUUGGUUGUUAGUUGGCCAAGUGGAAGACAGCUGAGGAAGUGGCUGCCCUGAUUCGAUCUCUGCCUGUAGAGGAACAGCCUAAACAGAUCAUUGUCACCAGGAAGGGCAUGCUGGAUCCAUUGGAGGUGCACUUGCUGGACUUCCCCAACAUUGUGAUCAAAGGGUCAGAGCUCCAGCUCCCCUUCCAGGCUUGUCUCAAGGUGGAGAAGUUUGGGGAUCUCAUCCUUAAAGCCACAGAGCCCCAGAUGGUUCUCUUCAACCUCUACGAUGACUGGCUCAAGACUAUCUCAUCCUACACGGCUUUCUCCCGUCUCAUCCUGAUUCUGCGUGCUUUGCAUGUGAACAAUGAUAGGGCAAAGGUGAUCCUGAAGCCAGACAAAACUACUAUUACAGAACCUCACCACAUCUGGCCCACGCUGACUGACGAGGAGUGGAUCAAGGUGGAGGUGCAGCUCAAAGAUCUGAUCUUAGCCGACUAUGGCAAGAAAAACAAUGUGAAUGUGGCAUCACUGACACAAUCAGAAAUUCGAGACAUCAUCCUAGGAAUGGAGAUCUCAGCACCAUCACAGCAGCGGCAGCAGAUAGCUGAGAUUGAGAAGCAGACCAAGGAGCAGUCACAGCUCACUGCCACACAAACCCGAACUGUCAACAAGCAUGGUGAUGAGAUUAUCACCUCCACCACUAGCAACUAUGAGACCCAGACCUUCUCAUCAAAGACUGAAUGGAGAGUCAGGGCCAUUUCAGCUGCCAACCUGCAUCUUCGGACCAAUCACAUUUAUGUUUCAUCUGAUGACAUCAAGGAGACUGGUUAUACUUACAUCCUUCCCAAGAAUGUACUUAAGAAAUUCAUCUGCAUAUCUGAUCUCCGUGCCCAAGUGAGUAAACACACAGCUGGACUAUAGUGUGAGCCCAGUUAA